CUGAUCCUUUGCUUUGCUAAAAAAAUCUUAGCUGUUCAGAUCCGACACAUCUCUAUCGCACCGCCCCUCCUAGUUUUCCUGUCAAAAAACCCAAUUUGUAAGCAGUACGACCUUAGUUCACUGGAGUUUAUUAUGUGCGGAGCUGCACCAGCAGGGAAAGAAUUGUGCGAAGAAGUGCAGGAAAUGUAUAAAAAUAUCAAAUAUAUCUUACAAGGAAGCAUUUUCAUUGUGUGCUUGAUCGAAAGAAAUUCAGCAUACGGCAUGUCUGAGGUGACGAUGGCCACUCAUUUACCUGACGCAAUCCUUGGCGAACCUUUCGGAAGCGUCGGACAGCUCGCGUCAAAUUUAGAGAUGAAGGUAUUGUUCAUCAAUUACUUGAUCUUUGAGAAAGGAUGCAGCUUAGGAUCAAAUGUUCAGUUCUGUCUGAUUUCUCUAGGAUGUGCCGUGUAA